UCCAAAGGCUGUGUAACAGCUUUUUCCGCGACGCUGAGUUGACAGAAAGGCACUUGAACCACUGCUGACAGAUUGGCACUUGAAUCACUUGGGAGUGAAAACAACAAACAGCGAUAGACUAACAAAAACAGCAGGUGUAGGGUCACAGACUCGUGUAGGAAACCGCGCGGAUUUAAGGGAAGUUGACACUACUGCAGGUUCAUAGUAGGAUGUAGGUGGAGUGCGAAUGAACACGCAUGUAAUAUCGGGAGUACGUGGGCAUGUGAUAGAGUUCGGUAAACAUUGAACAUCUGCAGAGCUAUCUAUAGACUAGUCUUCCACUUUUCCGUCUUUUGCUCUGGAAAAUUGACAGUCUCUAAGGAUCUCCGAGGAAAAGUGGAAUUUGUUUAUCAGCUUUCCUCCAGCCGACUGUGUUAUUUCAGUCCUCUUAUGCGUAUCCUUUCUGUGUUCUAUUUCAGAUCAACAACACCCUGUGACUUUAUUGCAGCGCCAAAACAAGCGCCACAACAGGGGCUUUUGAAACUACAAUCAAGGUUAAAUGCACUCCAUUUUUAAAGGUCUUCCGUCAUUGUUUGGUUUGACCCACUGUUUUUAUUGAGUAAACAAUCAAAAUCUUCUCACGAGCAAACCAAAGUUAAACACACUGCGGUACGCACGCGAUGUUAUCCCAACUAAGCGCAGACACCAGAAAAGCCACUUGAGCGUUUUCUCAGGAGAUGGUACACCAGUGAAGUUCAAAGGGGAUGCCUCUCUUAAAUGACGUCACCCCUCGUAAUUCAUCAAAAUAUCAAUGAAAAGGCGAGGAGGGUGGGCACAGUAUUCUAGUCCAUCACGCACAUAAAGGAGCACUAAGGCAGCCGGAGGACGCCCUUCGUCGACUUGAGUUUGAGAUUCUAAGAAACAAGUCCCCACAGAAAAUGUACCGGUAUCGAGUUGAGAGGAUGAACAUGUGGAUAUCACGUCACCUGGUGGUCAUUUGGCUUUACUUGCACUUCAGCGAAGCAUCACCAAGAUAUUCCAACGGCUUCUUCUACCAAGACGCAAUGAAUGGGAACGGCAAUGGAGAGAUACACUUCAGCGGCGUGCGCCUUCAUGUGGAGAGCCCGAGGUCGACGGUGGCGGCUGUUCAGGGCAGCAAUGCCACUCUGCCCUGUCACUACCGGUAUGAGCCGGAGAUUCACACACCUCGUCGGACCAGGGUGAAGUGGUUUCGACUUUCUUCGACAGAUGGCAGUCUGGAGGAGGACGUUAUGGUGGCUAUAGGCACGCGUCACCGGAGCUAUGGUGGCUUUCGGGGGCGCGUGCGCCUCCGCCGAGAGGCCCCUGGGGACGCAUCCCUAGUCAUCAGUCCGCUAACCGUGGAUGACACUGGCCUCUACCGCUGUGAAGUGAUCGACGGACUAGAGGAUGAGAGCGUUACCGUUGGGCUAGAAUUCCGAGGGGUGGUGUUCCCUUAUUACUCCUCCAGAGGGCGCUACCAGAUGAAUUUCCAUGAGGCCAAGCAGGUGUGUGAGGAGCAGGGUGCAACACUGGCCACAUUUGACCAGCUCUUUGCUGCCUGGGAAGAGGGGCUGGACUGGUGCAAUGCAGGGUGGCUGGCGGAUGGCACAGCCCAGUACCCCGUGUCCACACCAAGAGAGGCCUGCGGGGGCGCUCAUCUGGCCCCUGGCCUCCGCAGCUACGGCCUGCGGCAUCAACACCUUGACCAUUUUGAUGCCUUUUGCUUCACUGCCUCCCUCAAAGGCACGGUGUACUUCCUGGAGCAGCCUCGGAGGGUGAACUUCACGGAGGCGGCGCAGGCCUGUCGGGAUGCGGGCAGCGAGAUGGCCAAGGUGGGCCAGCUGUACGCUGGCUGGAGGUUCCAGGGCCUGGACCGCUGUGACGCGGGCUGGCUCGCCGACGGGAGUGUGCGCUACCCGAUCUCCAGACCCCGGGCCAACUGUGGCCCAGAGGAAGCUGGAGUGCGCACUUUUGGCUAUCCUCCACGCCAGCAGAAGCACGGUGUUUACUGCUACAUGCCCCACUGGUAAACAUGGGCCGGUGCUACAGUACAUGCCCCACUGGUAAACAUGGGCCGGUGCUACAGUACAUGCCCCACUGGUAAACAUGGGCCGGUGCUACAGUACAUGCCCCACUGGUAAACAUGGGCCGGUGUUAAUGUGCCCGCAGUGCAAACUACCACUCUGCAGUUCGUCAUUUGGUAGCUAAACUUUGCUGAAUCCCUCAGGACAUGACGCCAAUGUAAUACAACUUUUAUUGAGACGAAUUGUUUUUUGACAAAUCAUACUCGCUUUCUGACGAUGCUAAAGGCGCACCGGUCAUUUAGAAAUGGCUUAAGUAACUGUGACUCUUUUAUGUUUGUUAUUACAUGAUUAUAAUAUUGGAUCAUUUAAUGUUUAUUAUGUAUUAUGUCAUUUUGUGUACAAUUCCAAGCUCCCUGUUUAAAUAUAGAUACACCUCAGCAGCCACAGCCAUAUUGUCCCAAAAUGUCAGCAUAAUAUAUCUCUCUGCACAGGUUAUCAGUGAAAAGAGGUUGGUGCACGCAUACAUCACCAAAAUGAUGAUGUACGGAUGACUUAAUACUACCCAGCAUAUGAUUAUUUGAACUAUUUCAUAGAUUUAGAUUUGUAACAAGCAGGGGAGCGUAUAAUGUGUGUAUGCUAGCAGGGGAGCGUAUAAUGUAUAUAUGCUAGCAGGGGAGCGUAUAAUGUAUGUAUGCUAGCAUCCAUCACUAGUAUUUCUCUCAAAUGUUUUUCUCCUUACUCACUACCUACACCACUUAUAUGUCUGCUCACUCACUAUCUGGGUCACCUAAAGCUGUCACCUCGGUAUUCUCUGUGGUGAUACCCAGAUUCAACCGCUUGCCACUUCAGGCUGGGUGGCACUCUGAUGGUAAAUGACUCAGAAGGUAGAUUUUGAGUUGUGCUAUUCCUGUAGUUAGGCUACUUUUGAUAUAUAUUACUGGGUAUUCGUAUGUUGUUGUUUUUAAUGUUAAUCAAUGACUUGUGGUCUGUUAUUCCUUGUCCGAAAAUGGAAAAUCUGGAAAUAAAAGCCCACGAGUGUCUUACAAAGUCUUACAAAUCACAGCAUUAAGUAAGCAUGUGUUGAUAAAACUUGGUUGUUACGAAAUAAAUAAUAUUUUCCAUCUUGAAAAUAAAUAUUUUUUCCACAA